AUGGAGAAAAUGUCCCGAGCCUUCCCUCUGAACCCGAACUUUGUGGCUCCGGGUCCACACGGGGUUCUGAAGAGUCUGGAGCUGGAGAACCUUCUGAAGCUGCAUGAUGAAGUGUUCAGCAAAGAGCAGGAGAAGAAGAACCUUGAGGAGCACAGCACCCCCCAGUCCGCCUUCCUGGGCCCCACCCUGUGGGACAAGACCCUGUCCUAUGACGGGGACACCUUCCAACUGGAGUACAUGGACCUGGAGGAGUUUCUGUCCGAGAAUGGAAUCUCCUCCAGUCUGUCCCAGCACCAAGCACAUGCCCCACCCCACAUCCUGCCACAAGCUCCGCCCACACCAAAGCAAACAGUGGUGGCCCUCAGGUGCCACGCUUCCUCGUCCCCUCAUCCAGGUGUUUCUAGUCCAGGUGUUUCUGGUCCAUGUGUUUCUAGUCCAGUCAGAGGAGGAGUCUAUCCGGACUCCAGGAACACGCCCAGCCCCACCGACCCAAACUCCGUCCAUGUCCCCGUCAGCUACGAGCCCGACCCAGCGGACCUGGCUCUGUCCAGCGUUCCGGGCCAGGAGAUCUUUGAUCCACGCAAACACAAGUUCUCCGCCGAGGAGCUGAAGCCGCAACCGAUGAUCAAGAAAGCCCGGAAGGUCUUCAUCUCCGAGGACCUGAAGGACGAUAAGUACUGGGCUCGCCGCAGGAAGAACAACAUGGCUGCCAAGCGGUCCCGCGACGCUCGCCGGCUCAAGGAGAACCAGAUCGCCAUCCGAGCCGCCUUCCUGGAGAAGGAGAACUUUGCUCUGAGACAGGAAGUGGCCUCCCUGAGGAAAGAGCUCGGGCGCACCAAGAACGUCCUCGCCAAAUAUGAGUCUCUGUGAGGAAGACCACAAUGAAGACCUCGAGUCUUUACACACCAGCAGUCCUGGCUUCACUCGGUCCCCAGUCCCGGGGCUCGACUCGC